GAUGCUGCAUUAAACCAAGAAACUAGUCGCAAGCUUCUUCUUCUCUCUUUGUUUCUUAGUUAUAUUGGUUAUCAGAAACCCAGUUAGACAUCAGUCAUGGGUUCAUAUGAUACUGGUUCAUGCACUCCCACAAACACUAAAAUCUCAUUGUCAUUAUUUUUCCUUCUUGUUGGAGCUUCUGCUCAGUUGUCCUCUACUUUCUAUGGAAAAUCGUGUCCUAAUGCACUGUCCACCAUUAAAUCGGCGGUGAACUCAGCAGUGUCGAAGGAAGCUCGCAUGGGAGCUUCCUUGCUCCGUCUUCAUUUCCAUGAUUGUUUUGUUAACGGAUGUGAUGCUUCGGUUCUGCUGGAUGACACACCCAAUUUCACAGGAGAGAAAACAGCAGGUCCUAAUGCUAAUUCUUUGAGGGGAUUUGAUGUAAUCAAUACAAUUAAAUCUCAAUUGGAAAGUCUCUGCCCCAAAGUGGUCUCUUGUGCUGACAUCUUAACCGUUGCUGCUCGGGACUCUAUUGUUGCAUUGGGUGGACCUACAUAUACAGUGCCAUUGGGCAGAAGAGACUCCACCACAGCAAGCCUAAGUGCUGCCAAUUCCAACUUACCCGCUCCCACAUUGAAUCUUGCUGGCCUAAUUACUGCUUUCUCAAACAAAGGCUUCACUGCCAAGGAGCUAGUUGCCCUCUCAGGAUCUCAUACAAUUGGGCAAGCUAAGUGCACAUCAUUCCGGGCACGUCUUUACAACGAAACAAACAUAAACAAUUCAUUCGCAACAUCAUUGAAAUCAAGUUGUCCAACUAGGGGAGGCGAUAACAAUCUCUCCCCACUCGAUGUCACAAGUCCAACAUCUUUUGACAAUGCUUAUUUCAGGAAUUUGGUGAGCCAAAAGGGCCUAUUGCACUCUGACCAACAGCUCUUUAGUGGUGGGUCUACAGACUCUCAGGUGAACGCUUACGUGAGCAAUCCUGCAACCUUCAGAGCAGACUUUGCAAAUGCUAUCAAAAAGAUGGGAAACCUUAGCCCUCUCACGGGCUCUAGGGGUCAGAUUAGGACUGAUUGUAGAAAAGUCAACUAAGUUCUAGAACCAGGGAGCUGGCUUGUUUAUUUCCAAGUGUCUAUUUUGGAUUGUUUGCUUUUUAUGACGUGGGGUUUUUGUAGAUGAAUUAAUUCCAUUAAUAAAAGCAUUUUUCUUGAUGUUUUCA